UACAAAAAAUGUAAUUUCUGAAUGCCAUAAAAGGAACUCUGUAAAAUUGUAAAGUUGAAACGUUUUGGUUAAACGCAAUUGUAUAAAAAUUGAGAGUGUGAUUUGAUAAGACUUGCAGUAUUGCAACUAGAAUUAUUAUUCGACACCACAAACAUAUUAUGCCACCCUGGAAGGCUUAUCGUGCGCUGUAUCGGACUAUCGACUGCGAUAAGUCGAUAGGUUAUUAGUCUUCUUGGUGUUGCUCGGUGUCGCUUUUUGAGCGACCAACAUUUGAUUAUUCCAAAAAUAUACAGACGGACGGACGAACGCGCGUGAAUCAUUCGCGGCGAAUCGACUCACGACACGCAUAAAUCGAGUGUACAUAAUACACAUACAUAUAUAGUAUAUACGAAAUAUUCAUAUUCGAAUUUCAAUUACACGUAUACGCAUUCGCCUCUCACAAUAAAAAAAAAGACUUGUAUUAUUUCGCUGUCGUUGUUGUCGUCGUCGUUGCAGUAUUUACGCCCCAGCCCUGUUUUCCCCCCUCCGCGUUCGGCCGCGUUCCUCGACGAGCGUCUAGCAGUGUGUUACUAAUUUUGUAUUAAUAGUUGUGUGUUCAAAAACAAAAAAUCCAAAUCAAAUAUGUUCAGUUUUCUGAAGCGCGAGACUCGCAAUCAAGAGGUGGUUGAAAAUGUCAUCGGUGAGCUGAAAAAGAUCUAUCGCAGCAAACUGUUGCCCCUUGAGGAGCAUUAUCAGUUCCAUGACUUCCAUUCGCCAAAACUGGAAGAUCCCGAUUUCGAUGCCAAGCCUAUGAUACUGCUGGUCGGCCAGUAUUCGACGGGUAAAACGACCUUCAUUCGCUAUCUAUUGGAACGCGAUUUCCCCGGCAUUCGUAUUGGACCCGAGCCGACAACAGAUCGUUUCAUUGCCGUAAUGUACGAUGAGAAGGAGGGCGUUAUACCAGGCAAUGCGCUUGUAGUUGAUCCGAAGAAACAGUUCCGCCCCCUCUCCAAGUACGGCAAUGCGUUUCUCAAUCGCUUCCAAUGCUCCAGCGUUGCGUCCCCAGUGUUGAAUGCCAUCUCUAUUGUGGACACACCCGGCAUUCUGUCCGGCGAGAAGCAGCGCAUCGACCGUGGUUACGAUUUCACCGGAGUGCUGGAAUGGUUUGCGGAGCGUGUGGAUCGCAUUAUCCUACUCUUCGAUGCCCAUAAACUGGACAUAUCCGAUGAGUUCCGACGCUCGAUUGAGGCACUCAAGGGACACGACGAUAAGAUCCGCAUUAUACUGAACAAGGCGGACAUGAUUGAUCAUCAGCAGUUGAUGCGUGUCUAUGGUGCACUUAUGUGGUCCUUGGGCAAGGUGCUGCAGACGCCGGAGGUGGCACGAGUGUACAUCGGCAGCUUUUGGGAUCAGCCUUUGCGUUUCGAUGCCAAUCGUCGUCUGUUCGAGGAUGAGGAACAGGAUCUGUUCCGUGAUCUGCAGUCGUUGCCCCGCAAUGCUGCGCUGCGUAAGCUCAACGAUCUGAUCAAGCGUGCGAGGUUAGCUAAGGUCCAUGCUUUUAUUAUCUCGGAACUGCGCAAGGAUAUGCCAUCGGUGUUUGGCAAGGAUAGCAAAAAGAAGGAUCUGAUCAAGAAUCUGGAUCAGAUCUACACGCGCAUUCAGCGUGAGCACUCCAUAUCGCCAGGAGAUUUCCCCGACGCGAGGAAGAUGCAGGAGUUGCUGCAGCAUCAGGACUUUACCAAGUUCCAUUCGAUGAAGCCACAUCUCCUGGACAUCGUGGACAAUAUGCUGGCCAAGGACAUUGCGAGACUGAUGGAAAUGAUUCCGCAGGAGGAAAUGACACUCGUCAACGAGCCCGUAGUCAAGGGAGGUGCUUUCGAGGGCGUCAUCGAAGACAAUGUCUCACCAUUCGGCUACAUGAAGGGCGAGGGCAUCGACGCAGGUUACGGAGAACACGAAUGGAUAUGCAACAAGGACAAGCCACGCACAGAUGCCAUCUUCGACGGGCUGGGACCGGUCGAUGGCAAAAUCUCCGGAUCAACUGCCAAGCAAGAGCUCAUCAAAUCCAAACUGCCCAACUCUGUGCUUAGCAAAAUCUGGAAGCUGUCUGACAUUGACUGUGAUGGUUUCCUGGACGCCGAUGAAUUUGCGCUGGCGUUGCACUUAAUCAAUGUCAAGCUGGAUGGCUGUGAGCUGCCCACUGCGCUGCCGGAGCACUUAGUACCACCGUCAAAGCGUUUCGCUUAAUUCUCUGAUAGCAUCAAGGCCUAAAUGAAAUGCACAUACACAAACACACGCAGACACAUAGACAGAACAACACGCUCCCCUCCCACACACACACAAGACGGCAAUUGCUGGCAAAUCCUACGUGAAAUAUGCUGCACUCUGUUUAUUUCUUUUCCUUUUGUCAAUGGAUGGCACAACAAAACAGAACAGAACAGAUACUGUCUUUUUAUAUGUACUUUAUUCUUCUAACAAAUUUUGCAUUCACGGGGAAAUAUUGUAACUCAUAAAUGCAGAAUUAUAGCAUAAAAUAUCAGCAACAAUGAAUUCAUAGAAUUUACACACAGCAAACAAACUAUUUUUGGAUAAUAAUCAAUUUAAAAUUGUAAAGCGAGAGGAUAAUUAAAUGAUGAAUGAAGAAAACCGAAUCAGAAAUUGCAACUGCAACUGAAACUAAAAAAUAGCUAGUGCAAUUAUACAUAAAUAUUACAGUACUGCAUGUGCGUCGCCUAGUUACCCAAUGUCACUGUUGAUUUAAGCGAAAAGUACAUAAUAAUAAAAAAAACCACUUGUUUAAUUAUAAUGAACAGGCACGAACGCGAACGUAUACAAUA